AUGGAAAGCGCGGAUAUUAUUUAUGAGCAGGUCCAUUUCAGACAUGACCCAAAGUGGAGCGUCCGCCUGCGGCCUGCGGAGAGCGGCGGCGGCGUCUUCCAGCUCUGUUUCGCCUGCGCCAUUGAAAUGAUGGAAGCCGAAAAAAUGCCUUCGGUGAGGAAAUGUUUUGCCUUGUCAAGUAUGAGUGGCAUCCUGAAGAGCUCUGCGGGGGCUUUGAUGGAGCUAUUUCGACAGGACCACAGAGUCACUCUGCAUUUUAUUACCACAUUAUUAGGUAUGCUUCAAUCUGAGGAGGACCCGGUCACGGUGGAAAAGGUUGACCAAGUGCUGGUUCAGCUGCUUCUGGAGCUCCAGAAGGAGCUGCCGUUCCACUUCGUUUUGGACGAGCUACACAAACAGCUGAAUGCCCAGCUCAGCAUGAAGAGUUUUCUACCUACCUACAGCUUCCUGGGGAACCUUUUGAAGUCGGUGCCCAACGUGGCCCUCAACCUUCUAACUCAGUAUGUUCCGUUGCUGGACCACCUAUGCUCAGCUUUGGUUUAUCCUGAUGAAACGCUGAAGACCUCGGUGGUGAACGUUUGGCUGCAGCUGCUACGUACAUCUGGAGACACUGGAGUGCAGUACCUUCCUAUUGCCACCAGGGACCGACUAUGCAGCCUGCUGUUGCAGACUCUUAACAAUGCUAGCUCUGCUCAGCUCAUUAAAAACUGUGCCGGCCUGCUCUGGCAGCUGGUCAAGUUGGAAGAAGCGGUGUCAGUUCUGAUGAGCAGCUCCGGCAGUCAGCUCAUGUGCGAUGAUUAUGAGGACAACCUCGCCAACAACAGCCAGACCCUCAUCCAAGAGCAACAGCCUGCUGACCACAGCCUUCUGCCUCUUUUGUUGAAAAAGUUGCUGCUGAGUGGAGAUGAGAUGCUUCAAGUGAUCAGUGCGAAGUGUAUCGCUGGUGUUUUGGUUCAUUCACCCAGUCAGUACUGCUCUGUCUGCAUCAAGGCUGAUUUAUCAGGUUUCCUGUUUGAUCGUCUGGCCAGCAGCACUAAUGAGAUGUUGCUGUGGUCCGUCUACAGUUGCUUGGUGGUAUUGACUGAAGAACCGCUUUUCUUCUCCCAGUGUCACUCUGUAUAUGGUAUCGAGCACCUGGUGCGCAGUCUGAAGGAGGCUUUGCAGCUGACCAACCUGGAGGUGCCAAAACAAGGUUUUCUACUUCUCACUAAAAUACUUGAAAGGCAGCCUCAAAGCAUACACCUGUUCCCCAGCGGUUCAGGGUUCGUGGCGGUGUCAGAGGCUGUGAAAGGUGGUGUCUCCGCCUCCUGCCUGCUGGUCGCUGCACAGGCCGUCAGAGCUGCAGCUGCUUUGUUCAGAAUCCACCAUCAGUCCAGACCAGUUCAGUACCCAGAGAUACAGAACCUGAUACAGGCUAUCACCGGCAGGUUCUCAGACCUAAUGCUCUCUUCUACUUCUCAUCAACAAACCAUGGGCAACAGACGAAGUUCAGAUUCUAGCAGCCUGACGUUUCGUUCCAAAGGAUUUCUGCUCCAGGCUAUGAUCUGUUUUCAGGCAGCCUGCAGGCUUGCUGAGGAGUGUGCGUCAGAGCCAGCUCUGAUGAAGAACCCAUUUACAGCCCCUUAUAAACACAGUGAUGCUCCUGAUUCACUGGAAUCUGUUUGUCACUGUCUGCUGCGCUGCUGUGAUUCUGUUUGGAUACCAGCUGUGCUUAAAACAUGUAAUGGUCUACCCAGUGCCCAGAUGCUGGAGCCCCUCUACUUCAUCCUCUGUUCGCAGUUUGUCCUUCUUCCAUCUUUAAUGCCAUGGUUUGCAAGUAAACUUGUGUCUUCUGGUUUCUAUCGACUGGCUGUGGAACACAAAGCCCUCCUCUGCACAGGAAAAAGGAACCCGAGCCUGAAUGCAUUGUGCUGUGGUUUUCUGCAGAAACUGAGCAUGUGUCUGCUCUUCCAGUCAGACCCUUCUUCGGACUCUUGUUCUGAUCUUGAGGAGGUGGAAAAUCUUCUGCAGUCCAACCUUUCCUCUCUGCAUUCUCAUCUGUCUGAGUGGCCCUCCCUGCUGUGUGAAUAUGAAGAACCAAGGGCCCUUCAGUAUUGUCUGUUGAUUAUACUUUACCUGGCUAUAAAGCAAGGAGACAGGCUGCUCCCAGAUCAGACAGUGUUCUCCAGUGUGGUGAUGUUGCUGCAGUCAGUGCAGGAGCAGGGCAACUGUGUCCUUCCCCGCUACGUUCUCCGCUCUGCCCUCUACUUGCUGGCCGUGACCCAAGACAAGAGUCCAAGUCUGGACAGGGCUCGUUUGAACCACAUCAGCAAAGCACUCUCCUCCUGCCAGAGCUUCUCCUCCCUCUACAGUCAUCACCCUGCACUCCUCCACUUCAUCUGGCGCUAUCCAGAACUAGCAGAGCAUUUUGGAGCCCCGGUCUUAGAGCUCUGGUUGACCAAAAAAUCACAAAUGGAGGCCAGACGAAACACGGUAGAUGUGCAGACGACAGAAACAGAGCAGCAACAGGAUAAAGAACCAGACGCAGGAACCUUGGAGCUGCUGGCUCUUCUGAAGAAGUAUCCAGCUGUCAUGCUUAGCCUCUUGGACAUGGUUGUCAGCGGAGAAGCCCCUGUUUCAAAGCAUGUCCUGGAAGUGCUGAAGGCUCUGUUGCUUGGACAAAGAGAGUUUGUAACAGAAUUGUGCACAAGUCUUAAACCAGCUCUUCUGCUGGCAAUGCAGAAGAUUAGUGUGGACAGCAUGGCUAACGGGCAAGGAAAAGGUCCCACUGGACCAGCCAGCCCGCUUCCCGUGGUUCUGAAGCUGCUUUGUCUGACGCAGGCCAGUGACCCGCCUUCACCCUCCAUCUACAGUAAUAUGGAAGGAGUGCAAUUCAAGCUGCUCUACCAUGUGAGCAGCAUAGGUGGGAUGCUGAAGCCCUCUGACACAGAGAGCCUGCUGCCUGCCCUGAACUUCCUGCAGUGUUGCCUGAGCCUGUCCCCAGCACACAGCAGUGACAGAGCUGUCUCCAUGCUGCUCUCCAACAGUGGGCUGAUGGACCAGCUGCAGACAGUCAUCUCCUCCUCUGCUUCAUCCCCCCCUCCAUCUGCCUGUCCUCCUUUGGCUCUGCUGUGCUGCAGCCAUCUACUCCUCUCCUCCCUCAUUACCUUGCAGCGCAUUCACUCCACUCAGGUUCAUAAGAGCAUUAUUUGGAGUCUGGACACAGCUGUGCAGCGAUUGCUUUGCCAGAAAAGAAACACAGACAACCUCUUGCUGGUCAGCUACCUGAGGAUGCUGCAGGCUUUGCUUGAUGCUGACCUGGCUUCAGCAGUGGUGUGUUUGGGCACUGAUCCUGGACUAGUAGGGCCCAGGCCCUUAGAGGCUGAAGAGGGAGCACUGUACCCACUAGGUUGGACAGGGACCCAGUGCCUCCUGACCGCUCUCAGAGGCCUUCUUCUACAGAAACACGAGCUGCUGUUCAGAACCUCAGUCAGCUGUCUAAGCUCCUUGUUGGGCUUUCUAAAAAGAAAGAAUCCAGCUUCAGCUGAGCAUGCAGUGUGUCAGCCUUGGUCCCGAUUCCUCCUGGACUGCAAGCUCAGCUCAGGAGAAAAUUACCUCCUGCACCCCGCUUUUCUCACACUCAUCACGCUCUACAGCAACACAGCUGUCCAGUGGGACCCGGUCCUGCUCCGUGUGAUUGAUACCGUGGAGAGGAGAGGGAUAAAGGAGCUCAGCCAGGAGGCAGAACGGGCACUGAGGUUGCUUCUUUCACAGAUCCAGAGCAGCGUCCCCAUACCUACGGAGGAGCACGAGCUGAGAAUUAAACUGCUCCGCCGUGGAUCCAAACGCUGCCCGCUAAUCGCUGCUGUGCUUCGCUACAACACGCCUUUCAGCCCUUGGAAGUUUUUGUUGGCAGAGAAGAAAACCUACAGCCUGGAGAUUUAUGUGGGUUUACAUGACUUCAGCAAAGCUCUGGGCUCCCUGUAG